AUGUCUGUCCCGAAGACCACCGAAGCCUGGAUCAUUGACAGCCACAAUGAAUUCGACGGCUUGAAACUGGACAAACACCGGCCGCUGCCGGAAGUGGGCGACUACGAUGUGGUGGUGCAGAUCCAGGCCGUGUCGCUGAACUAUCGAGACCUGAUCAUUGCAAAGGGCCAAUAUCCCUUCCCCAUGACCCUGCCCGUGGUGCCCGGGUCCGACGGCGCCGGCACGGUGGUGGCGGCGGGGAAGAAAGUGACGCAAUUCAAGGCGGGCGACAAAGUCUGCACGCUCUUCAACCAGGAGCACCAGGCCGGGCCCGUGACGCCGCUGGCGCUGGGGAGCGGGCUCGGCGGCGCGAUCGACGGCACGCUGCGCAAGGUGGCCGUGUUCCCGGAACACGGGCUGGUGGCGGCGCCGUCGUCGCUGUCGCCCAUCGAGGCCAGCACGCUGACGUGCGCGCCGCUGACGGCGUGGAACGCGCUGUACGGGCUGGCGUCCAAGGCGCUGAAGCCCGGCGACGUGGUGCUGACCCAGGGCACCGGCGGCGUCAGUCUGGCGGCGGUGCAGUUCGCGGCCGCGGCGGGCGCGACCGUCAUCGCCACCACCAGCUCCGACGACAAGGCUCGCAAGCUCAAGGAGCUCGGCGCCCACCACGUCCUCAACUACAAGACCACGCCGGACUGGGGCGACAAGGCCAAGGCCCUGACCCCGAACGGCGAGGGCGUCGACCAUGUCAUCGAGGUCGGCGGCGCCGGCACCUUGGCCCAGUCGCUCAAGGCCGUCAAGCUCGAAGGCGUCAUCACCAUCAUCGGCUUCUUGGGCGGCGUGCAGAAGGAGAACACGCCCUCGCUGCUCGACGCCCUCACCUCCGUCACUACCGUCCGUGGCAUCGUCGUCGGCUCCAAGCAGCAGUUCCAGGAUAUGAAUCGCGCCAUCGAGGCCAAUGCCAUCCGUCCCGUCGUCGACCAGACCAUCUUCAAGUUCGACCAGGCCAAAGACGCCUAUCAGUAUCAAUGGGACCAGAAGCACUUUGGCAAGGUCGUCAUUGAGCUGUGA